AUGGUAAAUAAAGCAGUUACCUUUACCCUAUUGGGAAUUGGGGCUGCUCUUGUUGGCGCAACUGACCAUACUGUGACCGUCACGACGACUAAGACGGAGACGGUCACUGCUUGUGCUUCGUCGUGCUAUUCGAUCUUGACUAGCUGUGCCUCGACUGUGUCCUUGACUUCGUCUUCUUUGACUAUUAUAUCAAGUGAGACUACGCCUACUGCUACUUCCACUCCAGGCUCUAGCUCGUCUGGAACAAUCUCCACCUCGUCUGGAAUAAACUCCUCUCAGCCAACAUACUCUGUGCCGUCGACAUCUUUGAGCACGUAUCAAACUAGCACAGCUACAGCCUCAGCUGGGACCUCUAAAUACACCCAGAGCACCACUUCUACGGCUUCUGCUAUCACUGAUAGUCUCGUCUCGAGUCAGCGUCACAGCAGUUCCUCAAGCACUGUUGCUACUUCAACGCCAACAGAGACCUACAUAUCCACAGAAAGCGUUGUUUCUUCAUCUACUAUCACUCCAUCUACCACUACCAGUGCUGAAUCGAGUCAAAUCCCCAAUACCUCCUCCAUCUCUACCACAAAAUCAUGUUCUCAUCCCUAUAGCUGUGAAUCUUCCACCACCGUCGGAAGCACAGAAUCGUCUGCUCUUGCCGGUACUGCAUCAUCAUCAUCUUCGCCGUAUUCUACUCCUGUUUCCUCGUCUACGACUUCAUAUUCUGGCCGAGAGACCACGUUCGUCUUCCCAACCACAACCCAGGCUCGAGCUCCUCCAGAAUCAUCUGAGAGCACGACAGAGACUACAGUCAAGUCGACUAUUUCUCAGACUGUAACUCUCACUAAAAGCUCACAAUCUCGAGCAUCAAGCCAAAUUUCAACAGAAACUGCUUCCAGAUCCACAGCGACUCUUUAUAGUACUGCAUCCAUCACAAGUACUUCUUCCACCACGUCCAGUGCAGAGACUUUAUCCUCAUCUAUCUCAAAGACCGCAUCCAAAUCUUCGAGUGAAUCUGGAUCUAAGUCCUCUACAGUGACUGUUUACUCCACUGGUUCUCUUACAAAGAGCAGUACCAUACUUUCUACACAAUCUUCAUCCAAACCCACUUCAGCAACAACUGCCACGCCAUCAUCACAAACAACAUCCACAACACCGUCAGGUUCACAAUCUACCACUUCAAAUACCUUCGCUAAUUAUACAACUACCCCAUCUGGAACUCCCUCAUCUUCAUCCGCCGUCGUAGUGUCAACAGAAUCCUCAGCCGUGGCCACUACCACUACCCGGAGCAGCUACAGCUCCGUAUACACACCCUGUUCAGAGUCAUCACUGAGCCAUUCCCGGAUUUAUACACUCACCAAUUCUUCAACUUUUGCGACAAGUCACUACUCAGGCACUGGAACGGGAUAUUCUACCACUCAGCCGACUUCCUCCAACACUGGCUCCACUACAAUCCAGACAUCAAGUAUCACAAUCGAUUCUACUGCUGCGCCGAUUACUGCUUCAUCUUCGACGAGCAGUUCAUACUACUCUCUUCCAACUAGCCAGGCAUCCACUCCAUCAUCUUUCUCUCCACUGCCUUCUUCAGCAUCUUCUUCCUCGCCUUCUUCAACCACUCCAACCCCAUCGGGCUCUUCCACAGUCUCAUACGCGUCCUCCGCCAACGCUGCCACCCAGCCCGCAACCACAUCUUCAUCCUUCACGUCCACCACUUUCUACACAGCCACCACAAGCAAAUCAACUUCACAAAUGGCUACUUCAACUGCAUCUAUCACUUCCACUACCGCCUACCCUCCUCCUACUCCACCUUCAUACGGACCACCGUCUUACGAUCUCCCAUCGUAUGGACCGCCACCGUCGUACGGUUUCAGGGGUCGAAGGAUAUGGUAG